UGUGUGUGUGUGUGUGUGUGUGUGUGUGUGUCCAAGUCCUACGUAGAGGGCACAAACGCAGUCUCAAUCAUACUAAAGCAUGUCUUAAAGGGGUGUCUGUGUGUAGCGGAGGGGUAUAUUAGCCCGUGAUGAAUCAGUGUUGGCUGUAAAUGAGAAAUGACUGUGUUGAAACUGAGACAUUUCAUAAAAAUAAAAAAAAUGUAGACCUCUUUCUCUCACCAGCUUCUUAACACUGCUGAGUCAUGAGAGUGUUGUAUUAUCUUCUCUGUCAUUGGUCACCAUGCUGUUACCUGUCCUCAGAGAGCCGCACAGCAUUUUCCGUGGCGCUGACGGACUGGCGCCGCUGCGUGGGCCCGGAGCGGAGGAAUAUUGACGUGGCUUACGAGGCCGUCUUCCUGAACAUGGGCAUGGCGUACAACCCCAGGACCGGCAUAUUCACCGUGCCCCACUCCGGUGUCUACAGCCUAGCCGUGACGGUGUUCAGCGACGCCGGCUCCCCCGGGUCCCUCCUAGCUGCGUGUGCCCAGCUGAGCCGCAAUGGCGCCGCACUGGCUAGCCUGAGGGAGAAGAACUACGAGGACCAAGAAGACGCGGCCAGCCUGGUCCUCACGUUGCAGCUCAGUGCUGGGGACCAGGUGUCCGUCAGGCUGCUCCCUGGCUGCUACCUAUGUGACGACCAGAAUCAUUACAACACCUUCAGUGGCUUCUUGCUCUACGCAACAGAAUAGAAACACACUCACACACAUCUUCGAACACACAAACGCACACACAAACACACACACACAUCCACACAUAAUAAUGAAAAAAGUACAGUAAUGCAUUCUGCCACAAAUAAAAAAUGCACUAUUAUCUGAUCAUAGGUUUCAGAAGUCUGUUAGCAGAAAUAAACUUUCAUUUGAAAAAGAAGGGACUUGUUUAAAUUUUAAAGCACUGAUCUAUCUACCAUUUAACAGUUGGGUCAUGUGAGAGGAUAUACAGCCCUCCAAUUAACGUCACAACACAUUACAGAAGAUUAAACAUUACAGUCAGGCAUUCUACACAGCUCCACUGUGCUGUUCCACAGCCUCGGCGACUCCUAAUCUAACAAUGUUAAGCAAUGUCCUGAAACACAAGCCCCUUUAUCAGUUUGCAAGCUAGCUGAUGUCAUUCUAGUGACUCUGAUACACUCCACGAGACGAACCAAAAAAUCUCUCCUUUCCACAUAAAGCAGCACUCACAGAAUCAGGUGAUGUGCUCUUUCACGCCAUGGCCACUCCCUUCUCCCAAGAGGCCUCUGGUGCUAUUCACGCUGAUUAGACAAACAGAUUUAGUCACUGAUAAGCCAUUUCACAACUGAAGAUUCAGGACUUGAAAGAUCUUCCAUGCACAGACAGCUAUUGAAGGAUGUGAACAAUAUAUGACACCUAUCUAACUCAACGUUGCCCUCUAGAUUUUGAAAGCUUAUGUAAAGGAAUACGGUAGUUUCAAAUUGUUAAGUCAUUUUACAUUUACAGCAACCAGUCUUAAAUAAACUGAAAUAA